CCGCGACUCCGCGGAUGGGCGUGAGGGGGCCUUUCUGGGCAGGACCCGCCCCUGAGUCCCAACGAGUCUUGUCACUUGGACCCUAACUGUGUGGGCAGCCGGAGCCGUCUGGACGCACCUGAGAUUUCAGAAUGACUUCCAUCUUGACUUAUACUUUUAAAAGUAUUCCUACUACAUCAAAAUGGGCUUUGAGAUUUUCUAUAAGAUCUCUGAGCUCUUCUUCCCAGCUACGAGCAGCCCCAGCUGUCCAGACCAAAUCAAAGAAGACAUUAGCCAAAUCCAAUGUAAGGAAUAUCGUGGUAGUGGAAGGUGUCCGCACUCCAUUUUUGCUGUCAGGCACAUCAUAUAAAGAUCUGAUGCCACAUGAUGUAGCUAGAGCAGCACUUUUGGGUUUGCUGCAUCGGACCAGUGUCCCAAAGGACAUUGUUGAUUAUAUCAUCUUUGGCACAGUUAUACAGGAAGUGAAAACAAGCAAUGUGGCUAGAGAGGCUGCCCUUGGAGCUGGCUUUUCUGACAAGACUCCGGCUCACACUGUCACCAUGGCUUGCAUCUCUGCCAACCAAGCCAUGACCACAGGUAUUGGCUUGAUUGCUUCUGGCCAGUGUGAUGUGAUCGUGGCAGGUGGUGUAGAGUUAAUGUCUGAUGUCCCCAUUCGGCAUUCACGGAAAAUGAGGAAAAUGAUGCUUGAUCUCAAUAAGGCCAAGACUCUUGGUCAGCGACUAUCUUUACUCUCUAAAUUCAGAUUGAAUUUCCUAUCUCCUGAGCUCCCUGCAGUAGCUGAGUUCUCCACCAACGAGACUAUGGGCCACUCUGCAGACCGACUGGCUGCUGCCUUUUCUGUUUCCCGAAUGGAGCAGGAUGAGUAUGCACUGCGCUCACAUAACCUGGCCAAGAAGGCACAGGACGAAGGACUCCUUUCUGAUGUUGUGCCCUUCAAAGUCCCAGGAAAAGAUAUAGUUACCAAAGAUAAUGGUAUUCGUCCCUCCUCCCUGGAACAGAUGGCCAAACUAAAACCUGCAUUCAUCAAGCCCUAUGGCACAGUGACAGCUGCAAAUUCUUCUUUCCUGACCGAUGGUGCAUCUGCAAUGCUGAUUAUGGCAGAAGAAAAAGCUCUGGCUCUGGGUUACAAACCAAAGGCAUAUCUGAGGGAUUUUGUGUAUGUGUCCCAGGAUCCAAAAGAUCAACUUUUACUCGGACCAACAUAUGCUACUCCUAAAGUUCUCGAAAAGGCAGGAUUAACCAUGAAUGAUAUUGAUGCUUUCGAAUUUCAUGAAGCUUUCUCAGGUCAGAUUUUGGCUAAUUUUAAAGCCAUGGAUUCUGAUUGGUUUGCACAAAACUACAUGGGCAGAAAAACCAAGGUGGGCCUGCCUCCAUUGGACAAGUUUAACAACUGGGGUGGAUCGCUGUCCCUGGGACACCCGUUUGGAGCCACCGGUUGUCGGUUGGUUAUGGCAGCUGCUAACAGACUACGGAAGGAUGGAGGCCAGUAUGGCUUAGUGGCCGCCUGUGCAGCUGGAGGACAGGGACAUGCUAUGAUAGUGGAAGCUUAUCCAAAAUAAUAGCAAGAAGGAGGUGACCUGGAGUUUGCGUGCAACACUCACAGUAGGCAAUGCCAUUUCAAUGCAUUACUGAAUGACAUCUCUAGUUCCCAGCUCCUUUUAGGAAAACAAACUUUGUGGCCUUCUGUAAAAUACUUUGCAAUUAAACCUUUGCCAGUAUUCUGAGCUUUCCAGUAAUCACGGCUUACUACUCUUUCAGGGAUUUCUUAGUCACCAGAAUCUCAUCAGUAAUACAUUUAAGCAAUUUUCUCUCUCUCUCUCUCUUUUUUUUUUUUUUUUAGUUUCUUCCUUAAA